GUUUUCUUAUGAAGACGAAAGAGUUAAUCUUUUCCUUACACGGAAACGAAUUUUCUGAGCAACUGACGCAAAGAUUCAUACGUAUCUACACCAUAAUGUUAAUAACAUCCGUGCUCGUGUUUGCAACGUGUUUCACCCUGCGUGAAAUCGUCGCCACGGAAGAAACGCCUGAAAAAAAAGGAUUAGAAGAUGCUCCGGCGGCAGAAAUCCUGCCUGAACGUCAGAAAAGGUCCCGCGAAAAUAUAACGAAUGUCAUCCCAAACCUGAAUAAUGUUCAUCAACGACUGCAAGCUUUGGAGAAAAAGUAAGUCUGUUUCUCCACUGACAUUUAUCUUAAAUUUAAGGCAAACUCAAUUUUUGGUUCAUCAAAGUCCCGCGUAGAAAAAAUUCAAGGUUAGAACAAUUUGUGAGAGGUAGGUCGGAAUAACGCGAGAAGCGCUUCCACACAUCUACAGACAUAUUACCUUGAAUUAACUAGAACUCAAAUCCUACCGCGCGAGCGAUAAAAAGUAACUUCGGCCAUUUUUUUUUUCUAUUUUGCUCUAAGAUCAUUUUGAAAUUAUUUGUGAAGUUAUCUGCCGACAAUAUAGAAUUAGAUUAUUUAGUUGAUGUAGUUUGCCAAAUUAAUAUGCUGUGUAAUAGUUUUAAUUUUUAUAGUUUGCUAUCAUUACAGUAUUGAUUGAAUUGACGUAGACUCAGUAGACAGAUUAGUUUACGUAGUCAUUACAGUUUGUGUAAUUUCUGUAUUUCACAGAAAUAGUGCUUUGAGUAAUCACAGAAGAAUAUUAUUUUACUCACUAAAGUUUUCGGUGGUCACUUGAAGUUAUUGCAAUCAAUGUUAUUUGUGCAGUAAAUGACACCUUAGCAUUUCUUGAGUUUUCUUUGAUAAGUUUUAUUUGCUCUGAUUAAUGCAGAUUCUGAAGUAUUUCAGUUAAUAUAUGUAGUUACUGUAGUUUAUGUAGAUACUGUAGUUUAUGUAGUUACCGUACUUUGUGUAGUUACUGUAGUUUAUGUAGUUACUGUAGUUUAUUUAGUUACUGUAGUUUGUGUAGUUACUGUUGUUUAUGUAGUUACUGUAUUUUAUGUAGUUAUGCACUUUGUGUAGUUACUGUAGUUAGUGUAGUUUGUGUAGUUAGUGUAGUUUGUGAAGUUACUGUAGUUUAUAUAGUUACUGUAGUUUAUGUAGUUACUGUAGUUUGUGUAGUUACUGUAGUUUAUGUAGUUACUGUAGUUAGUGUAGUUUGUGUAAUUAGUGUAGUUUGUGAAGUUACUGUAGUUUGUGUAGUUUGUGUAGUAUGUGUAGUUAGUGUAGUUUAUGUAGUUUAUGUAGUUACUGUAGUUUGUGUAGUUACUGUAGUUUAUAUAGUAACUGUAGUUUGUGUGGUUACUGUAGUUUUUGAAGUUACUGUAGUUUGUGUAGUUCCUGUAGUUUGGAUAGUUGUUGAAGUUUGUGUAGUUACUAUAGUUUGAGUACCGUAGUUAUUCGGUUAUAAGGCGCACCGUUUUUUUUCAAGAAAUUCUUAAUUUCUACAAAAAAUUACCGCCAAAGUUUGGGUGCGUCUUAUAGGCGAAUAUUUUCCCGAAACAAUUUUUUUUAUCACAGUUACUGGUACGAUUUCAAGCAAAUAAAAUGACACACACACAUUGACUUUUAUGAAUAUGGUGGUUCUGAAAAGACAAGCGAAGUCAAAUUUGCAUAGAUGUGAUACAUGCUCGAGAGCAUGUGCUUAGUAAUUUGAUACGUCACAAAACGAAACGAAAAUAAACAAGCGAAGAGGUAAAUACCUUCUUCAUCCUUUCAGCCUUUUUAGUGCACUGAGACCUGCAUUCUCGGCGGUACAUCUUGUUUAAUCAAGGCUUUUGUUUGUGUGCGUGGUCGCGUGUGCGACAAUUCUGCUUUUGUUGAUUAACGGUAAACUAAAAUCAAUACGUGACUUUUUCGCUUUUUUGUAAGUUUAUGAAAGAAUUUACAAUAAACUUGACCGAUCUUUACUCCCCAAACAACGGUGCGCCCUAUAACCAAGUAUUUUAGCGAUUUUCUCAGUUUGAAAACAUGCAAUUAUGAAGUUGCCGAAUUGAGGGUGCGUCUUAUAGCCGAGUGCGCCUUAUAACCGAAUAACUACGGUAGUUGCUGUAGUUUGUGUAAUUAUUGUAGUUUGUGUAGUUACUGUACUUUGUGUAGUUAGUGUAGUUUAUGCAGUUACUGUAGUUUAUGUAGUUACUGUUGUUUGUGUAGUUACUGUAGUUUAUGUAGUUACUGCAGUUUAAGUAGUUACUGUAGUUUAUGUAGUUACUACAGUUUGGUAGUAAUUGCAGUUUAUGUAGUUACUGUAUUUUGUGUAGUUACUGUGGUUUGUGUAGUUAAUGUAGUUUAUGUAGUUACUGUAGUUUGUGUAGUUACUGUAGUUUGUGUAGUUACUGUGGUUUGUGCAGUUACUGUAGUAUGUGUAGUUAGUGUAGUUUAUGUAGUUACUGUAGUUUAUGUAGUUACUGUAGUUUGUGUAGUUACUGCAGUUUAUGUAGUUACUGUAGUAUGUAUAGUUUCUGUAGUUUGUGUAGUUACUGUGGUUUAUGUAGUUGCUAUAGUUUGGUAGUAAUUGCAGUUUAUGUAGUUACUGUAUUUUGUGUAGUUACUAUGGUUUAUGUAGUUACUUUAGUUUGUGUAGUUACUGUAGUUUGUGUAGUUAGUGUGGUUUAUGAAGUUACUAUAGUUAGCGUAGUUAUCGUAGUUUGUAUAGUCAUUUUGACUUGUGUAGUUACUAUAGUUGAAUUAGUUUCUGUAGUUUGUGUAGUCAUUGUAGUUCGUAUAGUCAUUGUGGCUUGUGUAGUUACUGUAGUUGCUGUAGUUAAUGUAGUUUGCUAGUUACUAUAUAGUUGCCGUAGUCACUACCAACUACAUACCCUCCAAUCACUUGAUCCUCACUAUCUUUAAUAAUAAUUAUCUUUUAUAAUAAUUAUCGUUUUCAUGAAAUCAAUCAUCUGCUUAUCUGCGUGCUACGGGAUAUUACCAAAUUUGGUAGGAUUAUGUUUAAAAAGAUUGUUUGUAAAAGCGGUUUUGUCAGUAAUUUUCUUUGUUUUGAUUACGCUCUGUUAGGCUGGAAACAUUGCUAAGACCUAAAUAUGGGGAUUCAUGGUUCUCGAGCUACUUUUUGGGUUCGUAUAUUAUUACUCUUUUUGCCAUUCUAGGAUAAUUGUGUUGUUCUUUUAAAUUAUCGCUUCAAGUACUUUCUCUCAUGUUUUCAGGAGGGAAUGGUCGGAAUAACGGACGAGGCAUUGUUGGACCCCCAGGACCCCCGGGGAAAGAUGGUAAGCCGGGAAAAGCACGAUUGAAAGGAAAAGAAUAUGUACGAGUCACCAUGUGCUUCAGUGUUAUUCCUAUCUCAGUAUAAACUAACAUUUCCUCCCCCUCUGCCUUUGGCUUCCUUGACUUAAAAUUAAUCUGAAAAAAAAAAACGACUACAGCAACUUGUUUAAGUAAACUAAAUCGGUUCGAUUAAUUGAAUUGAGCUGAAUGUGGAGAGGGAGUGAUAUAUGGAUGUCAUUUUAUGGUUAAGGAUGCUAACACAAUUUUGCGUUGACAUUUAUGGCGGUCAUUUUAGCUGAGUUCAGCUUUAAGUCAUAUUGACAUAAAGAUACAGCACUGUCACUUAGUUACGUCAAACAAAUUUCCCGGAAGGUAACCUUUCCUUCAGGUGUUUAUUGCAAGAAAAAAUUGGCAAAAAAAACAUCUUCUCCCUAUUGUCACUUAACACAGCAUUUUUAAUCACAUAUAACUUCACCAUCAACAGAUGUGAGGCAGUAAAGAUAAAAUUGACCACUAAACCUGACCCAAUUAACUCUGUAGGAGCAGUUGGAAAACCUGGACAACCUGGCAAGUCUGGGAUAAAGUAUGUUCGUUGGGGAAGAGCGACAUGUCCCAGUGGUGCUCAGAUUGUUUACAAAGGUAACAGUCAGUGAUAAGGAGAGCUGCUUGUCAGUGUCCAAAGGAAUAAUAGCAAAAAGAUUAAACUUUCCAUUCGUUAUUACCUUUGCGAUUUAAGGUAGCAGACAGCUCAAAUAAAUCAUUAUUUCACUGACUGCAACGAUGGAAAAUGUUGAUGAGUAAAAUGACAUUUAAAGAAUCGUUCUUCUCGCUUAUAGUCGGGUAACAUACCAAAAAUCAUUUUUCUUUUUAAUAAAGCAAGACUUUUAAUUUUGUUCAUCAUCAAUUGUCUCCCUAGGAUUGAUUGGUGGUGGAUAUUACCUUUACCAAGGCGGUGGAGUGGACUACCUCUGUCUUCCAAGCAGUCCAAAGUAUGACAAGUACAAAGACGGAGGGCAGAACUCGGGAUACAUGUAUGGUGCUGAGUAUCAAGUAUCCACUUUCAACCCUUUUAAGAAAAACCUCCAUGACCAUCAUGCACCGUGCGUGGUAUGUUUUGUCAAGUCUCGUGCCUCAAUGCUCAUGAUGCCCGCAAGAAAUGAUUGUCCAUCUGGCUGGACCGAGGAGUAUCAUGGGUACUUGAUGACUGCAUACCACAACCAGAAGAAGCAACACAACUUCAUAUGUGUUGACGAGGACGCGGAGUCUUACUCAGGUACUAGGGCAAAGAAACAUGGUGCAUUACUGUACCCCGUGGAAGGUGUUUGCAACUCACUCCCGUGUCGUCCAUAUGUAGGUGGACGAGAGUUGACCUGCGCUGUAUGCACCAAGUAACAUGAUGGUCGAUUCUUCUCGUUCUCAAAGGGCCACCACUAAACUCUGGGAUUCUGAUUUUAUAGAUUUUAGUGAUUAUUUUCUCCAAGGAAAAUGGUGCUGGUUGUAUGAAAUAAGUAUAAAUAAAGCAACGGCAAAAAUUUAAAAAUGAUCUUCACAUCAUG